AACGUCUCCUCCCUGGAGGAAGGUGGCGCCUCCCCCCUCCAAGCUCCGCAGAGGUGGCCCGUCCUGCUCUCCGGUUGCGCCUCCACUUAGGAUAGACAGAAACUAGAGGAAGAAGGAGGAGUUUCUUCAGACCUCUUGGAGUCUUACUUGGAGCACUGAUGGAUGAGCAAGACUCAGCUGGCCCUGAGGCAGGCAGAGGCCCCGAUGCCGUCAAGAAUGGGAGCAGUGGGGGAUUCUGGGGAAAAAAUGUGCAGAAAGUCCUUAGUGAGGAGGACACCCUCACUUCAGAUGUGCAGCGACAACAGUUCAGGCAUUUCCACUAUCAGAAAGCCAAGGGCCCCCGAGGUAUUUGCAACCAACUCCACCGUCUCUGCCAUCAGUGGUUGAAGCCAGAGCAACACACAAAGAAACAGAUUCUGGACCUGGUGAUCCUGGAACAGUUCUUGGCUGUCCUUCCUCCGGAGAUGGAGAGCUGGGUGAGGGAAUGUGGAGCGGAGACCACUUCCCAGGCGGUGGCCCUGGCAGAAGGUUUCCUCCUGAGCCAGGCAGAGGAUGAGAAGCAGGCAGAGCAGCAGGAAAAGGAUCUGUUGGUGGAAACGGGCACUGAUGUCCCUGAGGCAGAGAGGACUCCAUCAGACACCAGACAGAGGCCCCUGGGUCCUCCUCACCUGUCUCUUCUUUGUGGCGGAGGGGAAGCAGCUGUUAUUUCCCCGGAUCAGAGUCCGGUGUCCUUUGAAGACGUGGCUGUGUAUUUCACGGAUGAGGAGUGGGCCCUGCUGGAUCCUGACCAGAGGGCGCUGCAUACGGAAGUCAUGGAGGAGAACUGUGGGAUUGUGGCCUCUGUCGAAGGUGACAAAUGGGAAACCAAGAAUAAAAAAGGCCAUCACAAAACCCAAAUGGCGGUAAAGCCAUAUAUUUAUUUGGAGUAUGGAGAGAGCUUCAGUCAGGAUUCACUUCAAAGAAUUCACAGCAGGGAGAAACCGUACCAAUGCUUGAAACGUGGAAAGAUCUUCACUUGCAAAGAAAACCUCACUUUUCAUUCAAGGAUUCACACAGGGGGGAAAAAACAUCAUUGCUUGGAAUGUGGAAAGAGGUUUAGCCGGAGCGACCAUCUCACUGUCCAUCAAAAAAUUCAUACAGGGGAGAAAACAUAUCAGUGUUUGGAAUGUGGAAAGAGUUUCAGUCAGAGCUACCAUCUCACUGUCCAUCGAAGAAUUCACAGCGGGGAGAAACCAUACCGAUGCCUGGAAUGUGGAAAAAGCUUCAGCAGUAAGAAAAGUCUAAUUUCUCAUCAAAGAGUUCAUACAGGGGAGAAACCGUAUCAAUGCUUGGAAUGUGGGAGGAGCUUCAGUCAGAACACCAAUCUCACUUCCCAUCAAAAAAUUCAUACAGGGGAGAAACCGUAUCAAUGCUUAGAAUGUGGAAAAAGCUUUAGUCGGAGAGACCAUCUCAUUUCCCAUCAAAGAAUUCAUACGGGGGAGAAACCAUAUCAGUGCUUAGAAUGUGGAAAAAGCUUCCGUCACAGUAUGAGCCUUAGUAUACAUCACAGAAGCCACACAGUGGAAAACCCAUAUCAGUGCUUAGUAUGUGGAAAGAGCUGCAGCUGCGCCAGACUUCUCACUUCCCAUCAAAGAAUCCAUACGGGGGAGAAACCAUAUCAGUGCUUAGAAUGUGGAAAAAGCUUUAAGAGCUUCAGUCAGAGCUCCCAUCAAAGAAUUCACAGUGGGGAGAAACCAUACCAGUGUUUGGAAUGUGGAAAGAGCUUCACCUCCAAAACAAGUCUCACUUCCCAUCAAAGGAUUCAUACUGGGGAGAAACCAUAUCAAUGUCUGGAGUGUGGAAAGGGCUUCACCUCCAAAACAAGAUUCACUUCCCAUCAAAGAAUUCACAGUGUGGAGAAACCAUAUCAGUGCUUGGAAUGUGGAAAGAGCUUCUGCGAGAGUGCCAAUCUUACUUCCCAUCAAAACGUUCACACAACAUAUCACUGCUUGGAAUGUAGAAAGAGCUUCACCUCCAAAACAAAUCUCACUUCCCAUCAAAAAAAUCAUACGGGGAAGAAACCAUAUGAAUGCCUAGAAAGUGGAAAGAGCUUCAGUCAGAGUGCCAAUCACACUUUCCAUCAGAGAAUUCAUACAGGAGAGAAAGCAUAUCACUGCUUGGAAUGUGGAAAGAGCUUCAGUCAGAGUGCCAAUCUCACUUUGCAUCAGAGAAUUCAUACAGGAGAGAAACCAUAUCACUGCUUGGAAUGUGGAAAGAGCUUCAGUCAGAGUGCCAAUCUCACUUUCCAUCUGAGAAUUCAUACAGGGGAGAAACCAUAUCACUGCUUGGAAUGUGGAAAGAGAUUCAGUCAGAGCGCCCAUCUCACUUUCCAUCGGAGAAUUCAUACAGGGGAGAAACCAUAUCACUGCUUGGAAUGUGGAAGGAGCUUCAGUCAGAGUGCCCAUCUCACUAAACAUCAAAACGUUCAUGCAAGGGAGAAACCAUAUCACUGCUUGGAAUGUGGAAGGAGCUUCAGUCAGAGUGCCCACCUCACUAAACAUCAAAACGUUCAUGCAAGGGAGAAACCAUAUAACUGCUUGGAAUGUGGAAAGAGCUUCAGUCAGAGCGCCCAUCUCACUUCCCAUCAAAACAUUCAUACAGGGAAGAAACGAUAUCAGUGCUUGGAAUGUGGAAGGAGCUUCAGUUGCAAGAGAAAGCUCACUGCCCAUGAAAGAAUUCACUUAGGAGAAAAAACAUAAGAAAGUUGGCAGCAAGUGCUACCGCACGCCUUGGUCCUGUGGCCUUUAACAAUUGGGCCUGCCACUUUGCUCCCCGCGACUUCCAGCACCUGCUCAACAAUUAUGCUGGUAUUUGUCCAAAGAAACUGGUGGUUCGCAUUUCAGACGUGCAGAUUAAAACCAUUUACCAUCCAAAAUGACCAAACGAUGGUGAACAUCAAUCUGAGUGGCGCGAUGCACAUGCUGCUUGACAUCAACUACAAGUUUCCGUACGUGUCUGACCAGAUGCAGUGGGGGUACCUGUCUCCCCGAACGUGGGUCAUCACCACCUUACUCCGUCAUGGUUAUUCUACAGGAUGCAACAUCCUAGAUGAAGUGGUCGAACCACCCUGCAAGUUCUUUGUCCUGGAAUCUCACACACACAUGCUGUUGAAGAACGGGGAAGAGACUGAGGUCACGUACAAGUUUCCUCCCCACAAGGGUCGAAAGCUCACCCGACCAGCCAACUUUAUUGGACGAGAAGGCAACCCGCUCUACGGUCAGUAUACCAUGCACUGGGUGAACACCAAGACCCACAGCUGUACUGAAGCAGCUCGUCGAGAAGCCAUUGGUGUUCCCAUGUUUGGCAACAUUUAGAGUCCGGUUUACAAUUACAUUACUACAGGUGUGGUCCUUCCAUGAGAGCAAUUCACAUCUAUGAAGAGCUGGAUGAUGCCUGCCACAACCCCAAAGAUGAAAGCCACCAGGAAGAAACCAUGUCGGGCAAUCCUGACUAUCACCUGUACACUGAAUUGGAUAUAAGCGAGGUCCAUCCUGGCCACUCCCAGAUAUCUCAGUUGGGAGCCCGCAUGUGGCCCAACAAGAUGAUUGUCAUCGACCCUGAAAAGAACGUCAAAGGGGAGGAUGCUGGGAAGUCGUACAUGCACAAAAACUCCAUGGCUGUGGGGGCAGGCAAUGCUUCUGGGGAUGCCCACUUUGUCUCCCAUGUCAAUCCUGAUGGUUCCUACUCCCAGUGUGACACCCCUCUCUCGAAGGCCUCAUCCCCCUGCUCCCUGGCAUGAUGUGGAAUAAUCCUCCCUUCGUGUAUUGUGGACCUAUUUGGGCUAUGAAACCGCAUGUUGAAGAACAUGCCUGGUGUGACAUAACUCAUAUGGGCUCUAUGGCCAUUUCCCGACCACCUCCAUAAAUCUUUCUCAAAAUCAAAGAGGAGCCCACCAUCUCUACAGCAACCCAAGUCAUGGAAGACGAACAAGGCAAGAACGACAUCACCAUUGACUCCUAUCUCAGUCAAGAAGCUAUGUUCAUGAUAUCUUACAGCAUCAAAUGGGAACUUGUACCCAAGAGACAAAAUAAAUGGAAUUUGGAAAACCAAGUCACUCGAGGUCUAGAGAGUAUUAUGAAAUCUUUGCACCUACACACGAUGGAAAAUACAUCAAAGCCUCCAUCGCUUCCGGAGUCACCUCAGAUACCAUUUAUUAAACUUACUCCCACGCAAACCCGCAGUCGUAACCAAUCCUUCAAUAAACACAGGAUUUUGCUUUCAGCAUUCAA